UGCUAUCACUACUAAGAAUUUUUCCUACCAAACACUGAAAGAACCAUUUCAACCAAAGAUUCAGUGGAGUCAAGAAAACAAUGAAACCAAAUAAAGAAAGAAAUGGUAGUAUCGGAGUCUUUAGAAAUAACCCCAAACACAAAUGAUAAGAGGCUUCGCUUUGUAUCUCUUAUUUUUUGGACUCAGAGUGAAAAGAAGAUUUCACUAACAGACGAUGAGUUCGAACGGAGAAAAGGGAAUGAUGAAGCGGUCAGAUUUUGCACAGAAGUUGUUAGAUGAUCUUCGUGUAAGGAAGGAGCGGCUUUCAAUCUCUCAGGAUACAGAUAACUAUGCAUAUUCUAACAGAGGAUUUAAGGGAUCUAAGAAAACCAGAUCAAAAUCUACAACAUUUCAAGAUUUCAACUAUGGAGGAGCCAAUCUUCUCACUAGCGGCACGGAGGAUUCAAAUCAGAUACUUCCAUACGGAAAAGGCCGGAGCAUCGAUCUAUCAAAAGCAUUAGCAUUUGCACUUGAAAAUGCUGGGAAGGCUACAAGAGCAGAUCCUUCAGGGAAUGCAUCAAUCAUUAGCUUCCUUCAUGAAGUAGGAAAGAGAUCUUUGGGAAGAAGCAGUCAGCAACAUCUUUGUUCAAGCAGCCAGCAACAACUUCCCAUGGUUCAUGUCCAUAUCAAAGAAAUAUCAAAGGGAGCUCAAAAACUGAAUCAGAUCAUUAAAGCAUGUAGCAACGGCCUCAGUUUUCGAAAAGGAAGGUACUCAAUACAAUGCGGAGGAGAAGAACACAUGGAAGGGGCUAUUGAGUUGGAACAGUCUCUUCGUUUGCUUGUAGAUAUUCAACAAGCUUCUUCCGAAUAUAUCACGAAGAAACAAAGUCAAAACAGAUUCAAGCUACUUGAAGAAAAUGAGGAUGGGGAAGAAGAAGAAGAUGUUUGGAAUCGAAAUAACCGAAAGAUAAAAGAAGCCGCAAAGACGGACAUCGAAAUGAGACUACUGGCGCUUAAAAACAAACACAGAAGACAAGCAAGUGGCUGCGAAGAUACCGAACAUAAGCCUCAGAAGGGAAGGAUUCCGAAUGUUGUUGCGAAGUUGAUGGGAAUAGGAGAGUUUCCAGAAGAGGAAAAAGAGACCAAGAACAACAAUGAUGCAUCCAUCAAGUCUGCGGAGAGUCUCACAAGGCGUAGAGCAACACAAUCCAAUGAAAAAAUUGUUGAAUUGAAGGAUCAGAGGAACUCAACAUCAUUGGAUUUAGUAUUACAUAAGGAGACUCAGAGAACUACUAAUGGUAUAAACUACAAAGAUAAGUCUCAGCAGAAGGAUGAUCCAAACAGCAAAAAGGGAAACAAGAAGGAUAGAGAAAUGACGACGAAAAAUGCUAUAAGAAGGACCUCAUCUCCAACAGAAGAUAACCCUAAGGCUGUCACAAGGAGCCAAGAAAAGCCUUUGCAUAAACUUAGUUUUGGGAAGAAAGAAGAAGCAAAGAGCAUCAAGAAAGCGAAGUUGAAGCCAGAAAGGCAUCAAGAACAUGGCGUAAUGACCAAUCAUCCACCAAAACCUGUGAGCUCAGUACCAGUCAUAGACAAAGCUAAAUCUCUGAGGAAAAGCUUUUCUCAUGUUGUUGUAUUAGAAAAGAAAAAAGGAGGAGAGGUACAUGAAGCUGAGUUCCGCGAAAAGAAAAAUCUAAACGGUGGAUUUUGCAAAGUAAUGAAGCAACCAGAGAAUCAGAAACCUGUUUCCAGAGAAGCAAAUGGGAAACAAGAUCAGUUACUCAGAAGUUACAAUGACAGUAAUAAGACCAAAGCUGUAGAAGCAGACACGUGCAUCAAUAUUUCUGAAGAUUCAGGUAUUGAGGUCAAAUCAUCAAACAGAAAUGUGUUUGAGAAAAAAAAAGAUAUCAAAGAUGACUCAAUUCUGCUAAUAGCUGCGGAGAGAGUCCUAUGCCAAGCUCCAUCCGAAAAUCAGCAUCAAGAGCUUAUAUUUACAUAUGGGGUGGAUCAACAAGCUCCAGUAUCAAAUUCUGAUGGAAAUUCAGAAAGAUUUUCCAAGACAGUAUAUAAAGCAAGCAAAGGGGAGGUUGAAGCUGGCAUACCUUUGUUGGAGAAGCGACAAGAACACCGAAAACAAGAAACUAAAGAGACAUUGUCUGAAAAUGAAAUGAACCUCAAGAAGAUAGUUGUGAAAAGUCAACUAUUUCUGGACACAUUCGAGGCACUUUUCAAACUUAACAUUCCUCUCAAUGUCCUUCAUGAAGUUGGCGGGAACAAUUACCACCAAGAAGACAAGAACCUACUCCUCGAUUGUGGCUACGAGAUAAUGAAACGAAAAGGAAGAUUUCAAGAGUUAAAAGUCCAUCCUUUCGUGAAGGUACCCAUCAGUUCCUCUAAAGUAAACUCAUUGGACCAUCUUGUUAGACAAUUAAGCAAAGAGUUCGAGAAGCUGAGAACUUACGGUAGGGAGUGCUACACUGAAUCACUUGUUGAAGACUACUUACCAAAAGUGUUGAAAAGGGAUGUUUACUAUACAGACCCAAACUUAAACUCCAUGUGGGAUAUGGGUUGGAAUGAUUCGAUGCACGCCUUCAUCGAGAAAGAUGAUGUUAUAAGGGACGUAGAGAGGGAAGUCUUCAAUGGACUCUUGGAGGAGAUAACCAGAGAUCUUAUAUGCAUAUAGCUGUUACUUUUAAUUUUCCGGGUCAAAAUUGAGCGUUUUAGGUUCGAGACAGUAAUCCAUUUCCUUAACAUUUUGUUUGAACUUUGAAAGUAUAUAUUUUUUA